AUGCGUUUCACCGCCAUUGCUGUCACCGGCCUUGCCUCCCUCGCCGCCGCUCAGGAUGUCAACUCUCUUGCCUCGGACGCCUCUUCCCUCGCCUCCUCCGUUGGCGCCGACAUCAGCAGCGCUGUCAAUGCUGCUCCCAGCGAUGCCAGCAGCAUCAUCAGCUCCGUUGCUUCCGAAGCUACUUCUCUCGCCAGCAGCUUGGGCUCGGUCGCCACCAGUGCCACUGGCGCCGCCGGCUCGGCUAUCUCGUCUGCCCUGAGCUCCAUCUCCUCUGACGUCGCCUCGGUGACCAGCUCGGCCGGUGCCCUUGCCUCUUCGGUUGCUUCGGCUGCCACGGCCAGCGGUGCGGCCGCCACGAGCGCUGCCGGAUCCGCCGCCAGCUCGGCCGCUUCAGGUGCCUCGUCGGCUGCUUCCACGGCUGCCGCCUCUGCCUCCGCGACUGGCGCUGCCGGCGCCAUCACCGUCCCUGCCAUUGGUGGUCUUCUCGGUGGCGCUCUUGCCGUCGUUGGUCUCCUGUAA